CGGCGCAGUCGCAUGUAGUCCGGUUGCACUCGCGUCAGGCCUGUGUCGGUGCGUGGCGAUGCCACCGGAGCAUCCGGAGCCCACUGCGUUUCCCCGGCGGUGCACAACAAAGCGGCGCUGGAGAUAAAACUUCCCCAGCGAUGUCAGAGCCCCGAGCUGUCGCGCAACUUUAACCCGAGAAGAUGUCAGAUGUCACCAAAACCGUCCAGAAAUGGCACGCGAGUUUUAAAAAGGGCACGGAUUUUGAUUCGUGGGGGCAGCUGGUGGAAGCCAUCGAUGAAUAUCAAAUACUGGCAAGGCAACUUCAGAAAGAAGUGCAGUCAUCAAACUCGCAUGAAUUCACCGAGGAACAGAAGAAAACCCUGGGAAAGCUUGCAACAUGCCUUGAAAUGCGAAGUGCAGCCUUACAGUGCACACAAUCUCAAGAGGAGUUCAAGUUAGAAGACCUGAAAAAACUGGAGCCCAUUAUUAAGAACAUUCUGACCUACAACAAAGAUUUCCCUUUUGAUGUCCAACCAGUGCCUUUGAGGAGGAUUCUUGCGCCAGGUGAGGAGGAGAACCUCGAGCUGGAGGAGGAGCUGGAAGCUGGGACUGGAGCAGGAUCAACUCCAUCAUUCCCUUCAAGGGUUCCAGGUACGCUGUUGCCACGAUUACCCUCGGAGCCAGGAAUGACUUUGCUCACGCUGACGAUAGAGAAGAUCGGUCUGAAAGAUGCAGGACAGUGCAUUGACCCGUACAUUACAGUCAGUGUUAAAGAUCUGAACGGAAUAGACUUGAACCCAGUUCAGGACACGCCAGUGGCCACGCACAAGGAGGACACGUAUAUUCAUUUUAGCGUGGAUGUAGAAAUCCAGAAACAUCUAGAAAAACUACCAAAAGGCACAGCUAUUUUCUUCGAAUUCAAACACUACAAACCCAAAAAAAGAUUCACUAGCACAAAGUGUUUUGCUUUCAUGGAAAUGGAUGAAAUCAGACCAGGUCCCAUUGUUAUAGAACUGUACAAGAAACCGACUGACUACAAGAGGAAGAAACUCAACCUCCUGACAAAGAAACCUCUUUACCUGCACCUCAACCAGACUUUGCACAAAGACUAAACCAAGAUCCGUCAGCCAAACACUUGACGGACAGCAGAGGUUAUAUUUCUCGGAUAUGUUUGAUGGAUAACCUCUAACAUUCCUUGCAAUAUUGGACGCUUUUCUUCAUAUCUAAGUUUGGGACACAGCCUGAUUUCUCUGCGGUGCUUCAUCUGAAAGAGAAAUUAGUGUUAGAAAUGGAAACGAUUGAAAAAAACUGAAUUGUCAAUGAUGUUGAUUUCUGAUGGUAACAGAUGGAUGUAACACAACUUUCCAUUGGUUUUCGUAUUUUGAUUGCAUUAAAGAAACCAAUCGCCAUCAUCUUCCAAA